AUGCAGAAAACCGAGUCUGUAGAGAGAAAUUUAACACCGAUUCCGAGGGAGAGACUUGAUAUACGUUCAUGUUCUAACAAUUGCGGACCACUAGUUGAUAUAGCACAUGGAACAGUGUCAGCAGCAUCGACAACACACGGAAGCACAGCAACUUACGCGUGCCAGUAUGGGUAUGAACGCACCUCGGGAGAUAUAACAAGAAAUUGUGUUGACGGGACAUGGGAUGGCAUUGAAAUGACCUGCACAAUUAAAGAUUGCGGAGGUCUUCCUACCAUAUCUCAUGGAUCUGUCAGUGUUCCAUAUACGACACACGGAGCAACGGCCACGUACUCCUGUGAUUCCAAAUGUAGUAUAACAUCCGGGCACUCUUCAAGAACCUGUGAUAAUGGCGUCUGGACCGGAAGUGCAGCUGUUUGUACUUUAAUACCACACAUAGGAUGCUACGUCGGUGGGCAGUCAUCACUGUACUAUGGGGAUACACAAUCUACAGUUGGCAAUCUUAACUGUCAGAGAUGGGAUGUUCAGUCUCCACAUACACAUGACAUGACUGCCACAGGACUUCCAGAAGCAAGUCUCACUGAUGCCAAGAGUUUUUGUCGAGACCCCGAUCUAGCAGGCGCCCCCUGGUGUUAUACAAUGGAUCCAAAUACAAGAUGGGAUUAUUGCGGCGUUCCCCUGUGUUGAAGUUUUUUUUUCGGCCGAAAGCCGGUCUAAAAUCAGUCUGACUUCCUGUAAAAUUUACGGGGAAGAUCUGAAUGUAAGAAGAGUUUUCAUUGGUUUAAAAUAAGAAAAUGAAAUUUAGGAAUCUCAUUGGUCAUUCUAAAAUAAAAAGUAAAGGAUAGUUCUUGUCAUUUUAAGAUAGUUCUGAACUAAAAUGAAAAGGAUAGUUUUUGCCAUAAUAAAAUCAAAUUGUAGGGAUAGUUCUAAAAUAAAAUGUACAGGAUAGUUCUUAAACUUUCUAUUUAAAUUGCUCGAAUAUUUAAGUUCUGUUUAACAAUACUUCCUCCCACGAAACAUUUUACACUGCAUUCAGAUCUCAAUACAUUUUCUUGUGAACAAUUUAUUUUAUUUGUAAGAACUUACUGAGUUUAAUUUACACAAGAUCUGAGUUUUAAAUUUCGUCCAAAAUAACUAGAAUAAUAUCAGAAAUUAUCAGAUACCCAAGAUUUAUUAUGUUCAAUAAGUGUUUGAUAUAUGAUAUGAUUAUUGAUGUGUUAAAUUGACAUAAUGUUUAUAAUUUUCAUAUAUUUUUGCAUUUAAUCAAGUAUUCAUUGUCUCUCAAAUAUCGACCUGUGUCGUUCGACGCAUUACUCACCCCAAGUGAGGGUUAAAGUGACUCCGACAUAAAGAAGUCCGCGCAGGGAUGACGAUUUUAUUUUAUAAAACACAAUAUAUCUUUUCAAGUGUUUAAAAUUGUUUAUUGCUUCAAAG